AUGGGGGCCAGGCAGUCCAGGGCCGGUUGCAAGGACAAGGGCCCCGGGAGGAUGGGCUGCCUGCGGAGGAGGCAGAAGUUGUCCGCGUGGGAUGACGCCCUGCUCUCGGGAAGGGACCCCCGGGCCCUGCUGAAGCGGGGCCUGCGCCACAUCAGCUUCAGCCUGGUCACCAAGGGGAUGACGGACAUCCCCGACUUUCUGUGGGGCUUGUCCGAGGUCCAGAGGCUCAAUCUGUCCCACAACCAGCUGCGGGUUCUGCCCCCCGAGGUGGGCCGGCUGAGCAGGCUGGUGGUGCUGAACCUGUGCGGGAACCACCUGAAGAGCCUGCCCGCGGAGGUCAGCCUCCUGCAGGGCCUGAAGGUGCUGUUCCUCAGCAUGAACCGCCUGAGCGAGCUGCCGGCCGAGCUGAGCGCCUGCAGGAGCCUGGAGGUCCUGAGCGUGUCCCACAACCGCCUCUCCCAGCUGCCCGCCAGCUUCGCCGACCUCUCCCGGCUGCGCAAGCUGAACCUCAGCAACAACUGCUUUGCUCACAUCCCCGUCUGCGUGUUUGCGCUGAAGGAGCUGGAUUUCCUGCACGUGGGCUCCAAUCGCCUGGAGAACAUCGCCGAGAGCAUCCAGUGCCUGGGCAGCCUUCAGAUCUUCAUCGCGGAGAACAACAGCAUCCACUCCUUCCCGCGCUCGCUCUGCCUCCUCGCCAGCCUGGAGGUGCUGAACUUGAACAACAACGACAUCCAGACCCUCCCGGAGGAGCUCUACCUGCUGUGCAGACUGGCGAGGAUCGCUUGGAACCCCAUGGACAAAGGGCUCCACAUUUCCCAUAACCCGUUAGCCAAGCCUCUGCCCGAGCUGGUGGAGGGGGGGCUGGAGAUGCUGGUCAGCUACCUGAAGGACAAAAAGCACAGCUGA